AUGCAGGCCAUCGCUCCCUUCUGCCCGUGCCUCGGCGCUGGCGACGACAACGCUGGCAUGGAGCUAAAGCCCAUGAAGGCGGCGAACAGUGAUGACGAGGCGGCGGCGGCCGGCAGCAGCAGCAACCUUCCAACCUCCGGCCUGCUCGGGAUGGCCCUUCGGCCGGGGUGCGACAUGAAGCUGCUCACCGCCAAGGGACCGGUGCCUGUGCGGCUCGCGCUCUCUCGCGACUCUGCGAUGCUCACGUACCAGUCGCUGGGCGGCGCGACCGAGUCGGGCGUCAUCUCGCUCGCCAUCGUGCGGGAGGUCAAGCCCGUGGUGGCGGGCGGCAUCCUCCGCUCCCAGACGCCGGUGCCGCUGCAGUGGAGCGUGGUCGCCGACGACGAGACGCUCAGGCUGGAGGCGCCGACCGAGACGGUCAAGGACCAGUGGAUGCGGACGGUGGCGGAGCUGUCCAAGCGGCAGGCGGAUGCGAAGGUGGAGCGCAAGAUGGGCUACACGCGCAAGAAGCUGCACGACCUCGACGAGAGGAAGAAGGAGGCGGAGCGGCGCAAGGCGGCGGUGCUGGCCACGUGCGGCUCGAGUGGGAUGAAGCACACGGCGGCAGCGAUGAUGAACCGACGCUGAGGCGUGUGUGUUUCCUCUGGAUUCCUCUCUGUGGUGGGCGAGGCGUUGUGUGUGUGUGUGUGUGUGACGGCGUGCUCCGAUGAGAGAGCCGGGGCGCACAUGUCCUCCGAAAGAGCGACGGGCGCGGGGCGGGCGCGCGCGUCCGUCUCUCGGUGGUGAUCUCGCUCUCUGUGCUCUGAGUAAAACGCCGUAAACUC